AUGCCCGGGAUACUCCCGAUGAAGAUGAUCCGAGUGGGGAGCACUGCACAGAGUAGGAUUGCACAAGCAUGUGAUAGGUGUCGCAGUAAGAAGAUCAGGUGUGACGGCGUACGACCUCGGUGCACCCAAUGUACCAAUGUCGGGUUCGAGUGCAAGACCAGCGACAAGUUGAGCCGCCGGGCGUUCCCAAGAGGAUACACAGAGUCUCUAGAAGACCGUGUCCGAAGCCUCGAGGCCGAAGUGCGCGAGCUCAAGGACUUGCUAGAUGAGAAGGACGAGAAGAUUGACAUGCUUUCUCGAAUCCACAACUUCUCGCCUCCGUCACGAAAGUGUUCGGCGUCUCUCUCGCCCGCGAAUGCAGCCGAAGUCAAAGCUGAAGUGGAGUCGGUCAGAGAAGAAGUGUUGCACGUCGAGAUACCGGCACCUGUGCAACCGAGAGCCACCUCGACCGGCUCUUCCACCACGCUCUCUCUCCUCGAGGCUUUUGAUCAAAAGGUGCAAGAAGCUGGGGGACAGACCAGAGGAUUUUCUACUUCAAACCUGCAGAAAGUCCUACAACCGACUCGCCAGACUGUGAACCCUGGACCGAAAAUCCCUCCUAGAAUCCUCUCCGAUCAAUACAUCAAUAUCUUCUUCCAAGAAUGGCAACCGUUGUUGCCAGUUCUCCAUCGACCUACCUUCCUUCGCAUAUAUGAACAGUACCUGGCCAACCCCGAGUCAAGCAACUGGCACAGCAACAAGCAGGCGCUGGCCCAGCUCUUCCUAAUCUUCGAGAUUUCGGCACUUUCAAAUAUCACGACUCCGAAAAAGAACACACCGUCUUUCGAGGCUCAAUGGCGUAAAGCUCUUUAUUCGACAUCAUCUGUCGCCUCACUUUCAACUCUGCAAUGCCAUGUCCUAGCCCAAAUUUGUUAUCUGUUGCGAGCGGACUAUACUCAUCUCGCCCGUCAUCGGGGCAUUGCAGUGACCAUGUGCCACGAGCUGGGUCUCCAUCAGAUUCACAAGUAUCAUAAUUUGUCGCCUCUAGAGGCCGAAACGAGAAAGAAGGUCUUCUGGUGCCAAUACGUCCUCGACAAGUUUAUCUCUGCCACUACUGGCACCCCAAUGUUACUACGUGAUAGUGACAUUAGCACAGAGUUUCCCGCCGAUGUCGACGAUGAAAACCUCACCGCACAAGGCUUUACCCCUGCCCUGCCAGGCGAACUUACCAAGAUUUCCAGUGCGCUAGCAUUUUUCCGCUUGACCAAGAUCUUGUCCAAGGUCCUAGAUCACCUAUAUCCUGCUAAAGCAAGCUAUCAAUUAUCCCUGAACAGACUACAUGCGAUCUCCGAUGAACUCGACCAGUGGUCAGAAGAACUUCCUGAACAUCUCCGCUUACGCUUUUGCAAUGAUAAGCCAGCUACAAACAUGAUCAGCUGCAGGUCACCUUUAUUGUCCAUGGGAUAUUUCUACACGCGGACCCUAAUCCACCGACCACUGCUCUGCCAUGGUUCGGGCAGUGCUGCGUCCGCAGCCAAUAUUGUUCUGGCAGCUGCUGGAAAGCAUGUUUUGCAGAUCGUGGAUCUCUUGUUGGAGCGGCGCAUGAACUAUACGUUCCCGCUGAACAAGGCUGAUAUUCUACUGAUCUCCGGAAUUUCCAUCCUGUGGCAGUCAAUUGACCUGGACGACGACAGCAAACUUAUCAAGGACAACCAGAAAUCACUGACUCUUUCUAUUACCAUGCUCACCAACGAAGACCCGGUAGCGGCAACGGAGUUUCAGAAGAUGGCGACUUCGCUCACCUCCAUCGAAGGCCGACUGGAGCCAUCGCCAAAGAAUUUGGAGAUGGACAACGCGGCACAACGGCCAAACUCGUUCAGGCCUACUCCCUUAGAGAUGAAACCCAAGUCCACGAGAAAGCAGUUGCAGGCACUCGCCUCAAGAUGGUCGAGUUUCGGCACCAAAUCAAAAUCGGAGGAAAUUCCCCGACGUUCAACUGGAUCGGCGAAUGGACCUCCAGCUCUGAGCGCUGUACAUCGCGCUGCCAGCACUGUCAGCCUCUCGUCAACUCAAUCCGCUCCAGUGCUACCGAUGAAUACGGCAUCGCCGAACCAGUUGACGAAUUGCAGAACCAUCGACACGCCGGCCAUCAACUUGGAUUAUCUGCCUCUAGGUGACGAAUAUGGUGAUUUCCAGACAAGAACUUCAUCUAGCACAAUGCUCCCGCCAAAGAAACAACAACCGUCCAUCCCAACUAUAGCCGACGCAAGCUGGGAUCAGCUACUCACCAAUUUCGACAACAACUCGGCACUUUAUGCGGAUAUGACCGCAAACGGACAGCCGCUCUAUCAGUCAACUAGCAACGAAUGGACACCUGAUGCAUGGAGCUUGUCUGGUAUAGACUUGACGGCGAAAGCACCUGUACCGCAAAGCCUGCUUAGCUUUUCCGAGGAAUCUCUGACCAGCGGUGACGACUUUUUGUUUAGUGCUGCAGGAAGUCACAACGGCUCAACAGCGACUGGUGACAAUCUCGAUCUUAGGGAGACGUACCGUGGCAUCACCAUUCCGGUCGAUGACGAAUUUGAUUUUCAGGAGGUGGAGGCGUAA